UUUGGCUUGAGAUCAGAAAUGCAAGAUAUUGUUUUAAUUUUGUAAAAUAAAGAAAUGAAUUCUAAUAAAAAAGGACCCAUAAUUGACUCUGGCUCGUGUCGUUGCUGCGGUGCCACAAAACGUUGUCGUUUGCUAAAUGUUGAAUACGACUGGAGCGGCCAAAAAGAGAUUUAUUCAGAUAUGUUUUUAGAUUGUUUUGGACUUCUAUUAUCACACUUAGAUGGUGAGGCAGAGGAACGUCUGAUAUGCGCAACCUGCGUGCUGAGGCUUCGUGAUGCUAGUCUCUUCAGGAGACAAGUACUGCUGUGCGAGGAGACAUUAUUGAAAAGCAGGAUGACCACAGUUACAGAAAACGACAUUGAAUUGAAGGUUGACAUAGAAGUUAAGAAAGAGACAAGCGACCACUGCAUUUUGGAGGAAUCAAACAAUAAUGAUUGUUUGUAUAGUGAUAAUGACAACGACAAUAAUGCCAGCGAUGGACACGUGGAUUGUGGCAGUAAUGAAGACAUGAAAAUAAAGCACGAAUCUACAAAUAAAGUAAAGGAGCUCUCAAAACUAGGUCUACGCUCUAAGGAAACAGUCAGAAAACCAGGCAGGAAGAGAAUGAGUUUGAAAGAUGUGAAAGUGAAAAGGGAAAUGCUGAUGAACUUAAAAUACAUGAAACAAAAGUUGUUGAUGAUGAAGAAGAACAAUCACCAAAUAAAACAGCCGAUAGUCAAAUUAGUAAAAAUGAAGCCCUACAUAGACAAGGAUUACAAUUCUUUACAGAACGCGAUCACUAUAGUUAAAAACUCGUUUGUCUGUCCGUUCUUUACUAUUUACGGAGACUAUCACUGUAUGUACUGCAGGGAAAUGUUCACCGAUCCCUCAGAGCUAAGGGUGCACACCCUGAAACACGACCCGGCCACUUACAAGGACGUUGUUGAAUCGAAAAAGAAUUUACUAAUCGAUAUCGACAGAAUCGAUUGUCGUCUAUGCCCGACGAACAUCGAUAAUAUUGAUUCACUGAAGACCCACCUCACUACGGUUCACGGCCAAAAGAUUCACAAGGAGACGAGCAAUGAAUUUUUGAAAUUCAAAUUGAAGUUAGGUCUGUUGUCUUGUACGGAAUGCGGUUUGUCUUGUAACUCGUUUCAAGCACUCAAAAGGCAUUUGGCGGUGCAUUUCGGUUCAUUUAUAUGCGAGGAGUGUGGUACUCAUUAUUUCGAAGAGCGUUUACUGACCUUCCACAAGAAAAGGGCACAUAACACCGAUUCUAACAAGCACGAGGACUACGUUUGCGACCGGUGCGGCAAGAACUUCCGCAGCAAGAAGGGCAAGAGCUAUCACGUGGCCAAAAUUCACGAGAAGGAACCGGUCUUCGCCUGCAACAAAUGCGAUGAGGUCUUUCUGUCCUACCACUUGAAGUACAAACACAAAAUGGAGGAGCACGGCGAGAAGCGUUCGUUUCCUUGUUCGAGUUGCGAUAAGAUCUACAACAAUCGAAAGGCGUUGCGGGAGCACAACCGUAAAAAUCACCUACAGCUGCUGAAACACAAAUGUCCGCUAUGCGACCGCAGGUUCUACGUGCCUUCUGAGCUCAAAGACCACAUGACCUCGCACACGGGGGAAAGAAACUACAGAUGCGAGUACUGCGGCAAAACCUACCCCAGACUAAAAGCUCUGAAAGUGCACAUGGAAUCGCAUAACACCGAAAAGAAAUACAAGUGCGGAUUGUGUACCGCCUCGUAUACGCAGUUAAACAAUUAUAAAAAUCAUGUAAAGAGCAAACAUCCCGUCGGUACUAAUAGUAGUGCGUACGUAUGAGAAUAAACGAUAAUCAGGCAUAUAUAUAUAUAUAUA